UCAAUUUCCAGAUGAAAACUCAUAAUCAAAGUCAGUGCAGCGCGAUGCAGCGUUGCGUGCGCCAUGGAUACUCAUUUCUCAGACGUCGCCAGGCAGACACCCGGCCACAGCAAGACCAAAGUCGUUCACGUUUCCAGCCAAGUUGGAGGCGGUCGAGGCAAAGUCAAGGCAACAACCGGCAGCGCAGAGCCCAUUCUAUGGCCAGUUUUUGCCGUUGAGCUCCCGUUGCGCUGCCGUUGCCUUGGACUGCAAUUUCCCCGGUCGCGUUUUUCACGCUGCGCAUUCGCAGCGCGUCGCGCGAAUGUGCAAGACGUUGUCCGGAUGUGGCCGCGAAACAACCAAAAUUGAAGAGUUCGAUGUAAAGGAUUGUGGUGAAGUCGAACGAAUCGACGAAAAAAUAUGUGAUCAGAGUGCAAAUUACCGAUUAGUGGACACUUUAUGCGGAAAAUGUAGAGUGGAAUUGGUUUAUAAAUCAAAAAAAAAAUAUGUGAAAGAAAGAAACUUCAAAAUUAAAGCGAGUUAUUAAUAACGUUAAUAUCGUAGUAAAUAUAAAAAAUAAUUUAAAAUUUAAAAAACGUAUAGCAUAUACAUAUACAAAACAAAGCAAUACUAUAACUAUAUAUAUUUAUAUCUCAUCGGUCUAUGCAAUAAGCUUGUAUGAACAAAGUGAAAGCCAAAUUGCAAAUAUCUAAAGUGAAAUAUUUAUAUCCCGGACAACACAUCUGAAUGCAGUUUUAUUUAAAAAAUUCCACACUGCCAUCAGAAAGGAAAUUUAUUCAAAUUAAUCAGAGAGUCCGCCCCAGCUAAAAAUGAAAUAUCUUUUCGUGUUUUGCCUUUUCACACUCAUUGCCAAAGAUGCCCAAGCAUUGCUGAUAAACCAAAUGGACUGGAAGAACCUCCUCAGCAGCGGUGCCCUGGACCUAAACGUCUUGCGCUGCUUCCUGCGCGACAAGAACUUCUGCCCCAGUCCCCAUAUCGAGCAUCGACUGUUUGCGCCCAAUGGGCCACGUCGCGGAGUGGCUUUGAAUGUAAAAUCCCCGACGAGUCUGUACCAGGGCGGAUUCGGAAAGCAUCGGGAAACGGUCUUCAUAAUCCACGGCUUCAACGGCACAGCCAUUGACGUGCAUCUGCAGUUCCUGAGGGAUGCAUAUUUAUCGCGCGACUUCAACGUGAUUACCGUGGACUGGCGGCCCUUGACGCGAUAUCCCUGUUAUCUGCAUUCCCUCAUAAACACCAGACUCACGGCGCAGUGCACAGCACAGAUCUAUGCAUUUCUCACCCAUUAUGGCGCCGUCAGAGAAAAAAUCACCUGCGUGGGCCAUUCCUUGGGGGCCCACAUCUGUGGCAUGAUCAGCAACCACUUGACCAAGAAGCAAUAUCGCAUAAUAGGCCUGGAUCCGGCUCGUCCUCUAAUCGAACGAAAGAAGAGCAACACCUUCCGCCUAUCCCUCGACGAUGCUAGUGUCAUACAAGUUCUCCAUACAAACGCCGGAUUCCUCGGCCAGGAGGACAACACGGGGCACCUCAACUACUGCGUAAACGGAGGGCGUAUCCAACCGUACUGCAAGGGAAAUCCCAUUAGACGAUACCGCUGUUCGCAUUUCCUGAGCAUUUGUUACCUGGCCUCGGCCACGUACAAGCAUAAGAAGUUCGUGGGCGUGCCCUGCCCCAAUGGGUGUCAGAACAUCAGCGGGCCCAAGCGAUUGCCAGUCAGCGGUAAAAUGAAUCCGUUCGAGUUUGUCUCGCUUCUGCGGGAGUACCAUAUAGGCAACGAUGCCCCGGACGACGCCCGUGGCUGCAUUUGCAUAGAUGUGCCUUAUGCCAAGCACUGCCCCUUCACGGAUAUGUAGAAGCUGGCCACCAACUAGGUUUUCACUACAAAAUAUAGCUGUUGGCAAUAAAUUGAAGUACAAAAUA